UCUAUCAUGCUUUUAACCGUCCACAAAAUGGUCGAAAAGCAGCGGAGGAUCAACUCUUUGCUACUACUGAGACAACGUAGACGACGUGAAUUUUUGGCCGAAAUUGAAAGGAGUCGUAUAAGUUACAGAAGGAGGAGAAAAGCCUUUGUUGCCUUCAUUGUGGCUGUUGCUAACGCUGCUACACCGACCGUUCGUCGUAUGUGGACCCGGGACAGAGCACACUGUUUUUGGUCAACAAUUCAGCAUUUAGGUGACGAGCAGUGGAAGGCCCACUUUCGUAUGACCCGGGAAACGUUUGACUAUUUAGUAGAACUCCUUGCUCCAGCCAUAACACGACAAACGACAAACCUUCGAACGCCUAUUGAACCACGCCGGAGAGUCGCCAUAGCUCUGUGGUGGUUAGCGACCUCGGGAGAAUACCGCACCAUUGCGUGCCUUUUUGGUGUUGGCCUUUCCACUGUGUGCAAUAUAGUGCGGCAAGUAACUAAUGCGUUAGUGGACACAUUACACCAACGCUUCAUUUCCUUGCCAACUGGACAACGCUUAGACGCCACAAUUGCUGGAUUUGUAGAGCGUGGUUACCCCCAGUGCGCUGGUGCUAUCGACGGGACGCACAUUCCAAUUAUUGCCCCACGGGACAACCCAGAAGACUACCACAACAGAAAGGGUUGGUAUUCGAUCAUCUUACAGGCAGUUGUGGACCACAAUUUCUGUUUUACUGAUGUAUACGUGGGUUGCCCUGGACGUACCCCUGAUGACAGGGUGUUCGCCAACUCAGACCUGUUCAAACUUGCAGAGGCGCAGCAACAUGGCUACCUUUUCCCCAGAGAGAAAUCAACUGUGGUGGAUGGGGUGGAGAUCCCUGUGCAUCUCAUUGGUGAUGCUGCCUACCCACUUAAAAAGUGGUUGAUGAAAGGAUUCACACAGCAUCAUCAACUCUCAAAGGAACAAGCUCACUACACCAACACCCUGAGCUCAGCAAGAAUGGUUGUCGAGAAUGCCUUAGGCCGGUUGAAAGGACGCUGGAGAUGCCUUAUGAAGAGAAAUGACAUUGACCUUGCUGCAAUGUCCAAUGUUGUGGCUGCAUGUUGUAUUUUGCACAAUGUAUGUGAAAUACAGAAAGACAAUUUUUUGCCUGAGUGGAACCCUGUGCCAGAGGAGGAGACUGUCCUCCAACCACAUGCUGAAAUACCAGAAACCGAGAGACUCAACCGUGCCCAGCUCAUUCGCAGUACGGUAGCUGCCAAUCUGGCUGCUAUGUUGGAAAAUUAGUGUUGAUGGAUGUGGUCAUGAUGCUCCAUUGAUGCAACAGCGUCUAUUGGUGGA